AUGGGGAAGAAGCUGGACCUGCAGCUCCUUCAACUCCCAUCAGACCUUCUCUCCACUUCUCCAAAUCCUGGGCCCACAAGUGCAGCUCUGACAUCGAAAGUGUCAUCCUCUCCUGUAGGUUACUCAGGCAUCAAAACUAGGGUUGGUGAGAGGCUGAUGCAGGUUCCGUUUUGUCCCCAAGGAUUUCAGUUUGUCCUUUCUCUCAUCCACAUCCAGUAUCCCUGUCUGACUGCCAGUCUAGUUGAUCUGCAGCAACUUCAGGCUGAACGAGAGACUCGGAGGGGCGCGGAGCAUAGGCGGAGGGCUGGGGUUCUAGGGAUCUGGAAAAAACGCAAAGCCGGAGGGCGGCGCCAGGGCUCCUCGCAGACCCCAGGGCCGCGGGACAGUGCCAGCUCGUGGGUCACACGCACCCAGCAGGCUCCUGGCUCCCGCGUGCCGGCUGUUCCAGCACGCCCUCCGACCCGCAACCGGACCCUCCAGACAUCAGACUCAGUGGUCCCCACCUCCCGUCUCCCACCUCAGGACGCAGUUCCGCGGCGUCCAUCCGGCCCCCUCCCCUCACUCCCUCGCAGCGGCUCAGCCGUACCCACCCCGGGUUCUCUGAGUUCAAACCAGCAGCCCCUCGAGCAGCGGCUCCGCCCCUCGGUCGGAGCCAUAGAGACGCCGGCUGCCGGCCAGAGUGGCUUCAAACCGCAGCCUCGGCGGAGAGGACGCCGGGAUACUGGCCAGCUCCAAGUCGAAAGGAAGCGACGCAUGAGUACUGUUUGUUUAGCCGGAGCCGUGCCGCAAACGUAGCUGCCGACAUCCCCACGACGCACCCAAGUGGUGGCCCGGAAGCUGGGGACAGAAAAGUGGCCUCCCCGAAUGCCAGGCACACAGGCCUUACUACCAGAAGCUUGAGCUAGGAGCCUCGGCCGUCACGUCUCGAAGGUGCAGCGAUACUGCCAACUUCCUUCCGCGAACCCCUCAGGGUGGGCAACGGAGCUUUUCACCAGACUGAGGGACCGGGCGACCUGGCCGACCGGCGGCUCCUCACCGCCCCCUUGGGGAUUUCUUGAUAGUUCUUUGCCACGAUGCGGGCGGAUGUUGUGGAGCUACUGUUUGUAGACCGCAGUAGCGUGACAACACUUAAUCAUGACUACUAAAUCCUCAGAAGUCGAAAAAGCAAGUCCAUACAGAGUACUUUGACCCUAAUUAAAUCGCGCUUACAAGAUAGUUUGUUUACUGGGACUUUGGCUAGGUCCCAUCCCGUCUCUGCCUCAGAGUGGUGGUUGCUCUCUUAGCACCAAGGAAAUACCAGCUUGACAUUUGACUCUAGGAGGCACAGGCCCAAAAGAAGAGGCCCAACGAGGGACAUUCUUCUUUCCCUUUCCUACCUACAGUUUCUCAAACCAAGUGUCAGAUGGAAAGCAAGGGGUGGUAUCAUCGUAAUUAUCAUCUCAAACCAAGUGUCAGAUGGAAAGCAAGGGGUGGUACCAUCGUAAAGUGACCAUCGUAUUAUCAUCGUAGUUGACCAUAGAAAAUAAACUUCAAUCUCAAAGUAAACUCCUAGGCCACCCCCAGAAUCUUAGAGUUUCUCAAUCAUAGAACUCAUUUCUUGUCACACUGUUGGUUCUUAGCCAAUGUAAAAGACCCAACUGACAGGGAAAAUGAAACACCUUUUAACUCCCACAUACCUUAAAUGAAUUUAAAGUAUCUCUCAGCAAAUGUAUUUAUAAUUUCGAGUGCUUUUAGCCAUGUUAAGGACUAAUUUUCUCCUUCUGAAUGCAGUAAUAAUUUGGCAUUACCCUUUUGGCAGUGUGGUACAAAAUCUUAUAAUCUAGGCCUUAUGGAGCUAUUGAGGAACAACAUAGAUGGCUUCAUGCAAACCCGAACAAUGUAAUAAUAGUUCUUUUGUCUGUAGUCAGUCUACUGCCUGUAGAUGCUUUUUUUUUUUUUUUUUUUGAGACAGGGUCUCCCUCUGUCACCCAGGCUGGAGUGCAGUGGUGCAAUCAUAGCUCACUGCAGCUUUGAUCUCCUGGGCUCAAGGGAUUCUCCGGCCUCAGCCUCUGGAGUAGCUGGGACCACAGGCACAUGCCAUCGUGCAGGUAAUUAAGUUUUUUGUAGAGACGGGCAUCUCCCUAUGUUGCCCAGGCUGGUGUUGAAGUCCUGGGCCCAAGUGAUCCCCCUCCUUGACUUCUCAAAGUGCUGGGAUUACAGGCGUGAGCCACUGUGCCCAGCUUACUGAUUCAUUUAUACAAACAGAGUGCUCUCAGUGUGCUACGGAAUGACUAUGGAGCUCAAGUUCUAGUGGAGGGUGUAAGCCACAAGGAAACAAGCUAGACAGAUUGUAGUAAGUACUAUAAAGGAAGUAAAUAGGGUGAUGUAAUAGACUUGGGAGAUGCUAACUUUAGUCAGGUAGUAAGGAAGGCCCUUAUGAGGAAAUGGUACGUGUUUGAGAAUUGAAAUGUGAAGGAAUCCAGUGUCAGAGGAACUAAAAAAAAAAAAAAAAAAAAAGGCAUUGUGCCCCUUUAACUUGGUGACAUUAUCAUUCCUGAUCUACAGUCUUCUCCCCAUUUUUCUCGUUUUCUCUGUUACUGCUUCCCUUUUAUUUGAAGAGCCAGGUCUUUUAUAGAAAUCAGAAAAUUAGGACAUUUCUGGUUGUGUUUGGUGUAAGCUUGACGUCUUUAUAGAUAUGUGGUUUUGUUCUUUCCUAAUAGACAAGCUUAUAAUAAAUAGCACUUUUGGUGAGCUCAUUUCUGUUAAACAUUUUGCAGCAUAAAUCUUUUCCUGUGUUUGAAAGAAAGUAUCUGGUUCAUGAGACAGUUUAGAUACAGUCUUUGCCAAAGUGCCUGAUUUUUAGUUUACAAUGUUACUUGUCUCCGUUUUUGUUUUUGAGAUCUGGUUCUUGUCUUAUAGCUGUAUUGAAAAAUACUUGGAGUAAAGGGACCAAAUAGCAAGUGAACAAAUGCACAAUUCUGCAUAUUAAAAAAAAGAGGCCGGGUGCAGUGGUUCACACCUGUAAUUCCAGCAUUUUGGGAAACGGAGGCAGGAGGAUAGCUUGAAGCCAGGAGUUCAAGACCAGCCUGGGCAAGAUAGGGAGAUUCCUGUCUCUACAAAAAAUAUUUUUAAAAAUUAGCCAGGCGUGGUGGUACAUGUCUGUGGUUCCAGCUACUCGGGAGGCUAAGGUGGGAAGAUCCCUUGAGCCCACAAGUUCAAGGCUGCAGUGAGCUAUGAUUGCACCACUGCAUUGCAGCCUGGGUGACAAAAGCAAGACCGUAUCUCAAACAGUAAAAACAAACAAAAUGAAAAAACCUGAAGAUUAAUAGUGAAUGCUCCACAAGAUAAAAACAGCAACAACUUUAUAAUGUUACAAAUUUUUUUCUUGUUAAUCUGAAAUAAGAAUUAAAUGUGAAACAGUUCAAAACUUCAAAA